CUGCACUACGGGACCCUCCUGGGCAGUAGAGCUUGUACCCACAUGGCAGCAGCUGCCUGGGCCAGUGCCUUUCUCAAUGCUCUCCUUCAAACGGCCAAUACAUUUUCCCUGCCCCUGUGCCAGGGCAAUGCCCUGGGCCAGUUCUUCUGUGAAGUGCCCCAGAUCCUCAAGCUCUCCUGCACACACUCAAACCUCAGGGAAUUGGGGCUUCUUGCUGUUAGUGCCUGUUUAGCAUUUGGUUGUUUUGUGUUCAUGAUUUUCUCCUAUGCGCAGAUCUUCAGGGCUGUGCUGAGGAUCCCCUCUGAGCAGGGAUGGCACAAAGCCUUUUCCACCUGCCUCCCUCACCUGGCAAUGGUCUCUCUGUUCAUCAGCACCUCAUUUUUUACCUACCUGAAGCCCCCCUCUAUCUCCUCCCCAUUCCUGGAUCUGUCAGUGUCAGUUCUGUACUCGGUGGUGCCUCCAGGGAGCCCUUCCGUCUCGGACGUGGACAAGGGGGAGUUUGAGUUUCUGUGUGAUGUGGAGUCCCCCUCCCCGCCCCGGGAUGAUGUGCUGGGGGGUGGCGACUGUUCCCCCGGGGUGGACUCCUGGUCCUGA